UCUGCCCCCUCGCGGUGCGUUCCGCGAAACUUCGAACUGCGCUUGAAGGAUAGCAGCGGCGGGUGGCGGCGGUCCGGUAGCGGUCCACUUGCUCCGGUCGCAUCCUUGCGUAGAACGUUGUUAUUGGAAUACGCUACGCUAUCCUGCAUCGUCGCAGUAUGUGGGCGUCCAGGCUACCUGGGAAUUCACCGUCGGCGUGAGGGAACGUCCGGCUGUGGUUCCCGAUUUCAAGCGCCGAUCACUUUUGAUUUCCUUGGCGCAGUGCGACCCCCGUAACUCCUCGGUGAUUUCCUCCGUACUCUUUGGAGCCCAAGUGUUAGGCCUAGGAAGCAAGAUGGCUGAUUUAGAAGCAGUUUUAGCCGAUGUGAGCUAUUUGAUGGCAAUGGAGAAAAGUAAAUCUACUCCUGCAGCCAGAGCUAGCAAGAAAAUCGUUCUUCCGGAUCCGAGUGUUCGCAGUGUCAUGCACAAGCACCUUGAGAAGAUGGCUGAAGUUACAUUUGAUAAAAUCUUCAACCAGAAACUAGGAUAUUUAUUGUUUAAAGAUUUUUGCGACAAUGUGUGUGAGGAGCAAGUUCCUCAACUCAGCUUCUACGAAGAGAUCAAACGCUACGAGAAGCUGGAAACGGCGGAGGAACGGAGGACGGCAGCUCGCGAGAUUUACGACAACUACAUAAUGAAGGAGCUGCUAUCUCAUACGCACAACUACACUCUGGAGUCCGUGGGUCACGUCCAGAAGUACCUCAUGCGAAAUGAGGUGCCAGUUAAUUUAUUUCAGCCUUACAUCGAAGAAAUUUUCAGCCUCCUACGUGGAGACAUCUUUAGGAAGUUUAUUGAAAGUGAAAAGUACACAAGGUUUUGCCAGUGGAAGAACCUGGAAUUGAACAUUCAGCUGACGAUGAACGACUUCAGCGUCCACCGGAUUAUUGGUCGAGGUGGCUUCGGUGAAGUGUACGGGUGCCGCAAGGCAGAUACAGGGAAAAUGUACGCCAUGAAAUGCCUGGACAAGAAGCGCAUUAAGAUGAAGAUGGGGGAGACGUUGGCUCUUAAUGAGAGAAUCAUGCUCUCGCUCGUCAGCACAGGGGAGGACUGCCCCUUUAUUGUAUGCAUGACAUAUGCCUUCCAGACACCGGACAAGUGUUGUUUUAUUCUAGACCUCAUGAAUGGAGGGGAUCUGCACUACCACCUUUCCCAGCACGGUGUGUUCACGGAACAGGAGAUGCGCUUCUAUGCAGCUGAGGUAAUCUUGGGACUGGAGCACAUGCAUCGGCGAUUUGUGGUCUACAGGGACCUUAAACCGGCUAACAUACUACUGGACGAGCAUGGCCACGUGCGUAUCUCAGACUUGGGCCUGGCGUGUGACUACUCCAAGAAGAAACCCCAUGCCAGCGUGGGCACCCAUGGGUACAUGGCCCCUGAGGUGCUCUCCAAGGGAACUGCUUACGAUUCCAGUGCCGACUGGUUCUCCCUCGGGUGCAUGCUGUACAAGCUUCUUAAAGGUCACAGCCCGUUUCGGCAACACAAAACCAAGGACAAGCAUGAAAUUGACCGCAUGACCCUUACGAUGAAUGUGGAGCUGCCAGAUAGCUUCUCCGCGGAACUCAAGUCCUUGCUGGAAGGUCUGCUUCAGAGGGACGUUGACAAGCGCCUGGGCUGCAAGGGCAAAGGAGCCGAAGAAGCCAAAUCUCACCCAUUCUUCAAUGGUCUGGACUGGCAGCUGGUCUACCUGCAGCGCUACCCACCUCCACUCGUUCCGCCACGAGGAGAGGUCAAUGCUGCGGAUGCCUUCGACAUUGGCUCCUUUGAUGAGGAGGACACGAAAGGCAUCAAGCUUACAGAGGCUGACGAGAUACUCUACAAGAACUUCCCAGUUGUCAUAUCAGAAAGAUGGCAGCAGGAGAUUGCAGAAACAGUGUUUGAAACAGUCAACCUGGAAGCAGACAAGCUCGAACAGAAAAAGAAGGCCAAAAUGAAGAUUAAAUUUCAGGACGAAAAAGAAUCUGACUGCAUUAUCCACGGUUAUAUAAAGAAGCUCGGAGGACCUUUCGCUUCUGCAUUCCAAACUCGAUAUGGAAAGUUGUACCCAAACAGACUCGAGCUGCAUACCGAAUCUGGGAGUGCGAAACCUGAGCUCAUCUUCAUGGACCAGCUGGAAGACGUCUGCUCGGACUACGUGCAGGUGAAGGGCGAGCAAUGCAUAGUGCUCAAGAUGAAAGGGGAGGCCAAAGUAGUGCUCACCAAUCCCGACGAAAUUGGCCUGAAGGAGUGGCUACUUUCCCUGCGUUCUACGCUCAAGGAUUCCCAAGAGCUGCUCGCGUCGAUGGCGAAAAAGGCUGGCAAAAUCUACGGCACCACUGACAAUAGGAACAACCUGGUGGCGGCCCCUGCAGCACCUUCCCCGCACCGUAACGGCAACUGAGCGCACCCCCCUUCCUUUGUAAGCAUAAUGCCACAGCCUGCGGUAGUGCGAGUGAGUGAUGUGCAUUAGCUGGGAAAGAGGAUUUUGAGAGGCGCCCGCCUUCACGUCGUAGCACUGUACUGCUGUCUAGAAAGUGUAUAAUUGACAGCGGGUUCUGUCGGAGGUGGACAGGUGGUGUGCAGCCCCCGUAGCUUGCUGCGCAGUACAGGAUCUGCACUGUACAUGCAGUGGGCUGAGUUUGACAUUCCUUGGGGGGGGUUGGGGGUGGAGGGGGCAUUACUUUGGCUGGUAGGAGCAAGGCUAGUCUGGGGUGUGUGUGUGUGUGUGUCGUGGAUUUUUGGAUGCAGUCAAAAGGUGCUGCCAGUGUCCGUGAUGAAGCUUGUAAAGUUGUAUGUAUGUAUGUAUAUAGGUGUAUAUAAAUGUUGCGCGCCGGUGCCGUGACGCUGAGACAGUAUAUGUGGUGGGUACCCCGCGUACACACAAGCCUACAAGUGCGCACAUGUGCUUGGAAGAGAGGGACUUCCUUCCUGCAUGCGAGGGACACCUUUGUGUUGUUUUCGUUUUGUGUGCGUAGAAGCCUCCGAUACUUGAAAUCCACUCCCGUAGGUUGUGUUGAACUGCAACGUUCUAAAAAGAAAUCCCAUAAACGUGGCUACAUGUGUAUACCAAUGUGUUGCACUGGUCAGUCCCGGGUAGCUAUCGGCGGAACACUAGUGAGCCUUUUUUUUUUCUUCUUCUUUUCGUCGACCAGUGUGGGCCACAGGGGUGUAGCACAUGUAGCAAUAUAGCUUUGCAGCUGUUGUCUCUUGAUUAGUUAGUACGUACCUGAGGUGAACUGGGCGGUGUUGUAAAUACGCAUUAUGUCGGGCACUGUACAUAGCAUAUCCUGGAGGACUGGCUGGUGAAGAAUGCACCCUUUCAAAGUGUUUGCUGCAGUAGGGUUCACCAUGUGUUGCCACCCACCAGUGUGUUGUUACCAGGUGGAUACAAUCCUAGUCUUUUUCUAGAGUGACUGCCAUUGGGUGUACAGAGUUGUAGAGCAAUGUGGUUUCAGUGUCUUGUCUCUUGUUUUCAUUGGCAGUGCAUCGCGCCUGGAAUAGAUCAGUUUUAGAUAAGUUAUUUUUUAUUUUUAGGGGUCAUAGACAUAUUAAUAAAAUCACCCUUUCAACACAGA